GGCCCUGCGCCUCUCUCGCCGCCGCCUAGCGCCCGGCGGUCCGACAUCCCCGGCGCGGCCGCCAAUGAGCUGCAGAGGAGCGGGCUGCGGCGUGAGAGUGACGGCCGGCGCAGCCAAUGGGCGCGGGGAGAGGGCGGGCCGAGGCGGGAGUGUGAGAAUUUCUAACCAGCAUAAUGCUGGAGCGAGAGGCCGGCAGGCUGCAGUUUUCAAAAUGACCGAGUUGGACGCCGAUUUGGAUCACAUCAUUCCAGCUUCUGUCCUGCCCCCUUUCUGGGCUAAGUUAGUGGUGGGAUUUGUUUCCCUCGUGUGUUUCGCCCGUAGCUACGAUGGAGAUUUUGUCUUUGAUGACUCGGAAGCUAUUAUUAACAAUAAGGACCUCCGAGCAGACACCCCCCUUGGGGACCUCUGGCAUCAUGACUUCUGGGGCAGUAGGCUAAGCAGCAACACCAGCCACAAGUCCUAUCGCCCUCUGACUGUCCUGACUUUUAGGAUUAACUACUAUUUAUCUGGAGGCUUCCACCCCAUGAGUUUCCACGUGAUCAACAUCCUACUUCAUGGUGGCAUCUCUGUCCUCAUGGUGGAUGUCUUCUCUGUGCUGUUUGGUGGCCUGCAGUACACCAGUAAAGGGCGGAGGUUGAACCUGGCCCCCAGAUCGUCCCUGCUGGCCGCUCUGCUAUUCGCCGUGCAUCCGGUACACACCGAGUGUGUUGCUGGUGUUGUCGGCCGUGCAGACCUCCUGGGUGCCCUGUUCUUUCUGUUAUCUUUCCUUGGCUACUGUAAAGCAUUUAGAGAAACAGGUAACAAGGAGGGAACACAUUCUACGUUCUGGGUGUUGCUGAGUAUCCUUCUGGGAGCAGUGGCCAUGCUAUGCAAAGAGCAAGGGAUCACCGUAUUGGGUUUGAAUGCAGUCUUUGACAUCUUGGUGAUAGGCAAAUUAAAUGUUCUGGAAAUGGUCCAGAAGGUACUACAUAAAGACAAAUCAUUAGAGAAAACUGGUAUACUCAGGAACGGGGGCCUCCUCUUCAGAAUGACCCUUCUGGCCUCGGGGGGCGCAGGGGUGCUCUACAUGCGCUGGAAAAUCAUGGGUACAGGCCCCCCGGCGUUCACAGAGGUAGACAACCCCGCUUCCUUCGCUGAUGGCAUGUUGGUCAGGGCCAUAAACUAUAAUUACUACUAUUCACUGAAUGCCUGGCUGCUGCUAUGCCCCUGGUGGCUGUGUUUUGAUUGGUCAAUGGGCUGCAUCCCCCUCAUUAAGUCGGCCGGGGACUGGAGGGUAACUGCACCAGUGGCCCUCUGGUUGUGCCUAAUUGGCCUAAUAUGCCAAGCGCUGUGCUCUGAAGACAGCCACAGAAGAAGGAUCCUUACACUGGGCCUGGGAUUUCUCAUUAUCCCAUUUCUUCCUGCAAGUAAUUUGUUCUUCCGAGUGGGCUUUGUGGUUGCAGAGAGAGUCCUCUACCUCCCCAGUGCUGGGUACUGCAUGCUGCUGACUUUCGGAUUUGGAGCUCUCAGUAAACACACUAAGAAAAAGAAAUUGGUUGCUGCUGUUGUACUGGGAAUUUUAUUCAUAAACAUGCUGAGGUGCAUGAUUCGCAGUGGCGAAUGGCGGAAUGAAGAACAGCUUUUUAGAAGUGCCCUGUCUGUGUGUCCUCUCAAUGCCAAGGUUCACUACAAUGUUGGCAAGAACCUGGCUGACAAGGGCAAUCAAACAGCCGCCAUCAGAUAUUACCGGGAAGCUGUGAGAUUAAAUCCUAAGUACGUUCAUGCCAUGAAUAAUCUUGGAAACAUCUUAAAAGAAAGGAAUGAGCUGCAGGAAGCGGAAGAGCUGCUCUCUUUGGCUGUACAAAUACAACCAGACUUUGCCGCCGCAUGGAUGAAUUUAGGCAUAGUUCAGAACAGCCUGAAACGGUUUGAAGCCGCCGAGCAGAGUUACCGGACGGCAAUCAAACACAGAAGGAAGUACCCAGAUUGUUACUACAACCUUGGGCGUCUGUAUGCAGAUCUAAAUCGCCAUGUGGAUGCACUGAACGCGUGGAGAAAUGCAACCGUGCUGAAGCCAGAACACAGUUUGGCUUGGAACAACAUGAUCAUACUCCUCGAUAACACAGGUAAUUUAGCCCAAGCUGAAGCAGUUGGAAGAGAGGCACUGGAAUUAAUACCUAACGAUCACUCUCUGAUGUUCUCGCUGGCAAAUGUGCUGGGGAAGUCCCAGAAAUACAAGGAAUCUGAAGCUUUAUUUCUCAAAGCAAUUAAAGCUCAUCCAAAUGCUGCAAGUUACCAUGGUAAUUUGGCUGUGCUUUAUCAUCGUUGGGGACAUCUAGACUUGGCCAAAAAACACUAUGAAAUCUCUCUGCAGCUUGACCCCACUGCAUUAGGAACUAAGGAGAAUUAUGGCCUGUUAAGAAGAAAGCUGGAACAAAUGCAAAAGAAAAACGUCUGAUCCUUUAUCCUACAUUUUUGUUUGUGUGCAUGAAGCAUAUCAUUAAUAUUAUGUGGUUAUGUUUAACCAUUUGAAAGUCUUAAGUGUUGUUUAUUUUAUUCUGGGUUUUUUUUUCUAUGAAAACAAAGACAUGCAAAAAGAUUACAGCACCAGCAAUAUACUCUUAAAUGCUUGAUGUGGUUUUUGCAUUGAAAUUGUAUUUUUUCAGACAACUCAAAUGUAAAUUCUAAAAUUCCAAGAAUAAAAUCUUUUUUAAUUAAAAAGAAAAAAGAGAAAAAAAAUUAUCUGGAGCAACUCGCAGUGGAAUUAAACCUGCAUUUGGGGUGUGAGCCAUGUUGUACAGAGACUAGUACUAUUACAUGUCAGUCCUGAACAAGAAAUGACAAACUGACUCUUAACAAUUUAUAUAAAUAUCAAAUGUGUCUGUAUAUUAGAAUUUUUAUUUAAUGACAAAGAAUAAAUUGAGAUUUUUGUUUUUUUAAUCAUUUUUUUAACAAUACACCAUAAACUUCAUUUGUAAGGAAAUAUAUUUAUUUGUAUUUUUAUGUUUUGAACAGGGCAAAUAAUUGCACGAAGAAUGAAGUUUUAACAUCUAAUAUAUUUAUAUACUUUUCCCCCCAUUGGAAGACACUCACUCCUGCAAUAAUUUUUGGAUUCUCCCAAUUUGUGCAGCUUCAUAACAUAGGAAGUUAUAUAGUAUUCAUAUUCUACUUAAGCUGUUACUAUUAAUAGAAAAUUCAAGCCAUGCUUUAGGCAAAAGCAGGCAGUCUGAAGUCUUUGUUUUUGUUAUAUCCGGUAUUAAGAGGGCUACGUAUCUAUGUAAAUUGCUUUUUCAUGUUUUUAGCUGUAAAGCAGUUUUCCAUUUGGCUUAAUGGAACUGCAGUCAUUACUGUAUCCAGAAAAUGCAAGAGGUAAAUUUUCUCUUAAAAGGAGUCAUACUUGGGGUGUUUGUGGUAUUUUUAAGACUUGAAAUUUUUCCUCUUACUUGAUCAGAAUAAUCAUGUUUGCUUUGUUUUGCUCUUCUAUAUAUACUGUUGAGCUAAUGAUUUAUGCAAUCUCUGUAAUUUCUUAUGCAGUAAAAUUAUUACACAAACUGGUAUAAAAAUGUUGUACUGCCCUCUUAAUAGAUGAUUUUCAAAGUAGUGAACUUUGUCUUCCUUUCCCUUUAAAAUGAAAUCAAAGUGACCAGUUCGUCCUUUCUAGUAUGUGGCUUCUCUUUGGUGUCAAGGACCAUGUAAUAGGAUUGCAGUCUGGAAUAUCCAGGUUUAGAGAACAGGAUGAACAGAUCCACAAGGAAAUGAAUUUAAUUCUCUACACUCAAAUUUGGAUGGGAGGGCAGGUCUGCGUCAAAUUGUAAUUUAGAAAUCGUAACUUAUGAUGGUUUGAGGUACUUCAGGAAAGAAAGUGCUAGUGUUUGACAUACAUCAGAAAAGAAAGUGCUGUGUUUCAAACAUUUCUUAAAAGGUCCCAAAAUAACAGUAACAAUUUAUAGAUCUCUCAGGAGCAAGAGCUGUCAUAUUCUUAUUUAUGUUCCUACAGUACUCAGCUUGGCAGAUAAUAGAUGCACUAUAUGCUUGUUGAUCUUUUUUGUUUUUAAAGCAAAUGUCUUUCUUUAAAAGAGUACAUGCCUUUUGAGAGUAAAGAAAAACAUUUCUUGUAAAAGU